AUGCCAGGCCACUACGCAAACUGCAGCGGGUCCAUCGUUGAGCUCAUGGUGGAGCGGAGGUGGCCAAGGACCAGUCUCUCCAGUGUCUUCAUCAGGUGGAAUCACAGAGAGCUAAGAUUUGCCCGCACUGUAAUCUUCACUAUUGCGGAGAUUAACAGGAACCCAAAGUUACUUCCAGGAAUUACACUGGGUUAUCGCUUGUACAAUGGCUGUGGAAGUGAAAACCUGAUCAGAGCAGCGAUUGAGGCUUUGAAUGGGGAGAGCUGCAGUGGUCAGAUGAUAGGCCUGCUCGGUCACUCAUCGUCAGGGAUAUCACAAUACAUCAACUACAUUCUUAGCUCCCUGUCUGUGCCACAUGUAAGCCAUCUUUCAACAUGUGCCUGUCUAAGCAACAAGAAGAUAUAUCCAACUUUCUUCCGAACUGUGCCAAGUGACUUCUUCCAAGUGACUGUGUUGUUCAUGGGUUUGUCAUACACUGAAGACUUUCUUUCACGCAUUGAAGACUAUAGCAUCACUGGAAAGCAGUUUAUUGGUAGUGAAUCAUGGAUCACUCAAACAAAACUAACUUCUGCGGAGAGAAUGAGCAUAUUGCAAGGUGCAAUGGGCUUUGCCAUUCCUGAGGCCACAGUGCCCGGUCUGGGCGACUACCUGCUGACAUUAAAUCCACUGGAGGAGCCACAGAGUGAAAUAGUCAAAGGAGUGUGGGCGGAUAUCUUUGGCUGUACCUUUACUCCCUCCGAAACCUCAGCGAUGUGCACAGGUUCUGAGGAUCUGCUGAGUAUUCCAAAUAACUACGCAGCCUUUACAGACCUCAGAACAGAGAGUAAUGUGUACAAUGCAGUCUACUCCUUUGCGUACGCCCUCCACUCUCUGCUACAGUGUAAGAACGGACUGAACCCCACCACUGGGAAGGCCUGUGUCAGCCAGAGCCAGGUCCAGCCUAAAGAUCUGCUAGAACAUCUACAUAACGUGAACUUCACUACAAGUACCGGUGACAGGGUAUUUUUUGAUAAAAAUGGAGACCCUGCCUCUCGCUAUGACUUGGUGAACUGGCAGAUAGGUGAAAAUGGCUCUGCUGAGAUUGUGAACAUAGGUGUAUAUGACACUUCUUUACCAGAGGGAGCAAAUCUUCAGGUGUUAAAUUCCAAGAUAACAUGGAGUGGAGGAAACAACAAGGCUGUAAGAUCUGUGUGCAGGGAGCCGUGUCCACCUGGGACUCGCAAAGCCAUAAACAAAAACAGGCCUGUGUGCUGUUUUGAUUGUUUGAAAUGCCCUGAGGGGACAAUAAGCAACCAAACAGAUUCCCUGGACUGCAUGGCAUGCCCACCUGAGUUCUGGUCAAAUGAAAACAAGGUGAAGUGUAUAUCCAAACCCACUGAAUACCUCUCCUACAAAGAGAUUAUGGGCACACUGUUGACCAUAUUCAGUUGCAUUGGUGUAUUUCUAUCUCUUCUGGUCUUCAUCAUUUUCUUCACCCAUAAGGAAACACCAAUAGUGAGAGCCAAUAACUCUGAGCUGAGCUUCCUGUUGCUCUUCUCCUUGAUCCUGUGUUUCCUGUGCUCUCUCACCUUCAUCGGGCGUCCCUCUGAGUGGUCCUGCAUGCUGCGCCACACUGCGUUCGGCAUCGCUUUUGUUCUCUGUAUCGCUUGUGUUCUGGGGAAGACCAUGCUAGUUCUGUUAGCGUUCAGAGCCACUCUUCCAGGCAAUAAUAUGAUGAGGAGGUUUGGUCCUCUUCAACAAAGACUCACUGUGGUUAUGAUAACUUCAGUUCAGGUGGUCAUUUGCACACUGUGGUUAAGUACAAACCCGCCUAUUCCAAAGAAGAAUAUGAAGUACUACAAAGAGAAGAUUAUAUUGGAGUGUGCAGUUGGAUCAGCUGUGGGCUUCUGGGCCGUGCUAGGAUACAUUGGGUGUCUUGCACUACUGUGUUUCAUGCUGGCUUUUCUUGCAAGAAAACUGCCUGAUAGUUUUAAUGAAGCAAAGCUGAUAACAUUCAGCAUGUUGAUCUUCUGUGCAGUCUGGAUCACUUUUAUCCCCGCUUAUGUCAGCUCUCCAGGAAAGUUCACCGUUGCCGUGGAGAUAUUUGCAAUACUGGCCUCGAGUUUUGGAUUAUUAAUAUGUAUUUUUGUCCCUAAAUGCUAUAUUAUAAUAUUUAGGCCACAGCAAAACUCCAAAAAACAUGUGACGGCAAAAGUUCAGACAAGAACUUCGUAG